AUGCCUGAGGAUAACUACAUAGUACAAGUCAGCGUGGACGGAGAGCUGAUUCCAGACUUCAACACAUGGUUUUAUCCCAGAGGUUAUCAGACUCCAGUGAUUCAGACCAUCACACCUGUAACCGGAUUGCCAGGGACACUGAUUACAAUAAGAGCGAUGAUGUUUACAGAUGCAUAUGGCGGCUCUGAUCUAAGUUCCAAUGGCAACUCUGCCAAGAUUUCAAGGUGAUAACUCAUUGAACGU